AAUGAAAUGAUACUAUAUGAUGCACUCUGCGGUUCUCCUGUUUCUUUCUCUGUGAUGUCAUUGGUAACCAUUUUGUCCUAGUAUCUAGUAAUUCUGUUGACAAUUUUAUUCUCGGCUUGAUUUAUUUUCAGUCUUAAUUGAUGAAUGUGAAAUAUAGGUACGUUGUGAAAACUGAUUGCGCUAAAUAAGAUUAUUUUUAAAAUUUUAAUAUGACAUUUUUAAAAACUGUACAACCAGGUUUGAAAUUAUUUCAAACAUAUCCAAAAAUUUUAAAUGUACCUUUACGUCGAACUAAAUAUUACACUGUUUACACAGAGGAAGAUACAGAAAAAUUUCUUGAUAAUGCAACAAAUAAAUCAUUUUUCUUAGAAAUCAUACGAGGUUUAGGAAUUACAAUGUCACAUUUCUUUACUGAACCUGCAACAAUAAACUAUCCUUUUGAAAAAGGUCCUUUGAGUCCAAGAUUUAGAGGUGAACAUGCAUUAAGAAGAUAUCCUUCAGGAGAAGAAAGAUGUAUUGCAUGUAAAUUAUGUGAAGCUAUUUGUCCAGCACAAGCAAUUACUAUUGAAGCAGAAGAGAGAGCUGAUGGAUCUCGUCGUACAACAAGAUAUGACAUAGACAUGACAAAAUGUAUAUAUUGUGGAUUUUGUCAAGAAGCUUGUCCAGUAGAUGCAAUCGUAGAGGGUCCCAACUUCGAAUUUUCCACAGAGACACAUGAAGAGUUAUUAUAUAAUAAAGAAAAACUAUUAAAUAAUGGAGAUAAAUGGGAAUCAGAAAUUGCUAGCAAUAUUCAUGCUGAUUAUCUAUAUCGAUAAAUUUAAUAAAUUAUAUAAUGUAGUCAAAUAUUACAUACAUUAUUAGUAAUAAUAAAAAAUAUUAUUAUAUAAUAUUUAUCAGCAAUAAUUAGAUUUCGAAAUACCAAAAUCGAUCUAUUAUUCGUUCACCAUUUUUGUAAAGAAUCGUUUAAUACGAAAUUAAUUUUAUUUUUAAUCUCUUCGAUAUAAUCGAUUUUAAUUAUCGUCGAAUGAAUGCACAAGGCAAUCGUCUGUUUUAAUUGUUAUUUGAAUAAAAACAAAUGAUCUAUCGAGUUUAACAUAGUAUACGUGGCAGAUGAAUGCCAUACGAAA